AUGUCUCUUCUCCAUUUCAUUAUCCCAUAUAUCAUCCUCUUCUUCUUUUCGCUAACGAAGAUUUCAUGUCAAGAAACUUGUUCAAGCAUUCAGUGCGAUGUGGAUCAACCGAAAAUCAGUUUUCCUUUUGGAAUAAAAGAACUUCAGAAGGAUAAACAAUGUGGUUACCCAGGUUUCAAUCUUGAGUGCAAUUAUUAUACGAAGGAAACAUUGCUAAAGCUACCGUCUACUCUUGGUAAACUUUACGUCAAAGAUAUUAAUUAUACCAAAAAGGAGAUAAGACUCUAUGGUGGUACGUAUGGUUGCCUUCCGCAGCGGUAUAUGGAAAGCGGAGGAAUUGAUAUUUCACCUUUCAGAGGGUUUGCUUCUCAUACCUACAGAUUCUAUGAUUGUCCAUUAUCUAUAAAAUCUGAUUCUACAGCCUCUGAAACACUUGCAUUUUAUGCUUUCGCUGCUACUUGCAUUACUGCCUUUUGGGAUGCCUUCGUUACACCUUAUUCUUCUACCGAUCCUACCCAAGUCAGGGUUAAUCAAUUUCUAAUAGACUAUGGUUGUUUGUUAAAGGCUUCUGUUUCCGUUCCUAUUCCCUCAAGAAUUGUUUCUAAUGAUUCUUCUUUAUCAAAAAAACAAAAUGUUUCUAUUUAUUCUUACAAUCUUGUUACGGAUGAUCUUUAUCUCACAUGGACUGAUCCACCAAAAAAUGGUAAUUUGUGUUCUACCAUAUUCUACAGAAAUGAGCAACCAGAGAUCGAAUUAUAA